AUGUCCCCGGCAGGCUGGGAGGCCCUGGUGGCCCUGGCGGCGGUGGCUUGCCUGGCCGAGGGGGUGCGCGGCGGCUACGGCUUGAACAUGUUCGCCGUGCAGACGGCCCCGCAGCCGGAUCCCUGCUACGACGAAAACGGGCAGCCGCGGCGCUGCAUCCCGGACUUCGUCAACGCCGCCUUCGGCAAGGAGGUCAAAGUGUCGAGCACCUGCGGCCGCCCCCAGUCGCGCUACUGCGUGCUGGCCGAGAAGGGCGAGGAGCGGAGCCGCAGCUGCCACCUGUGCGACGCCGCCGACCCCAAGCGCGCCCACCCGGCCUCCUACCUGACCGACCUCAACAACCCGCACAACCUGACCUGCUGGCAGUCCGAGAGCUUCGUGCAGCACCCGCUCAACGUGACGCUGGUGCUGGCGCUGGGCAAGAAGUUCGAGGUGACCUACGUCAGCCUGCAGUUCUGCUCGCCGCGGCCGGAGUCCAUGGCCAUCGCCAAGUCCAUGGACGGCGGCAAGAGCUGGGUGCCCUUCCAGUUUUACUCCACGCAGUGCCGCAAGAUGUACAACAAGCCCAGCCGCGCCGCCAUCACCAAGCAGAACGAGCAGGAGGCCAUCUGCACCGACUCGCACACCGACAUGCGGCCCCUCAGCGGGGGGCUCAUCGCCUUCAGCACCCUCGACGGCAGGCCCUCGGCUCACGACUUCGACAACUCGCCCGUCCUGCAGGACUGGGUCACGGCCACCGACAUCAAGGUGGUCUUCAGCCGCCUCCACACCUUCGGCGACGAGAACGAGGACGACUCCGAGCUGGCCCGCGACUCCUACUACUACGCCGUCUCCGACCUCCAGGUGGGCGGCCGCUGCAAGUGCAACGGGCACGCCUCCCGCUGCGUCCGCGACCGCGACGACCACCUGGUCUGCGACUGCAAGCACAACACCGCCGGGCCCGAGUGCGACCGCUGCAAGCCUUUCCACUACGACAGACCUUGGCAGAGGGCCACCGCUCGCGAAGCCAACGAGUGCGUCGCUUGUAACUGCAACCUCCAUGCCAGAAGGUGUCGUUUUAACAUGGAACUCUACAAAUUAUCUGGUCGCAAGAGUGGGGGUGUUUGCCUUAAUUGCCGACACAACACUGCUGGUCGUCACUGCCACUAUUGUAAAGAAGGCUACUAUCGGGAUAUGACCAAACCUAUCACACACAGGAAAGCAUGCAAAGCAUGUGAUUGCCAUCCCGUGGGUGCAGCUGGAAAAACCUGUAAUCAAACUACAGGGCAAUGUCCCUGCAAAGAUGGUGUGACGGGCAUCACGUGUAAUCGAUGUGCCAAAGGCUACCAGCAAAGCAGAUCUCCCAUUGCCCCCUGCAUAAAGAUUCCUGUUGUUCCUCCUACCACUAUGGCCAGCAGCACAGAAAAGCCUGCAGACUGUGAUACCUACUGCAAGGCAUCCAAAGGGAAGCUGAAGAUAAACAUGAAGAAGUAUUGCAAGAAAGACUAUGCUGUCCAGAUCCACAUCCUGAAAGCAGAGAAAGCUGCAGAAUGGUGGAAGUUCACAGUCAACAUCAUCUCUGUUUACAGGCAAGGGGCGAAUCGGAUAAGGCGUGGUGACCAGAUCCUCUGGAUACGCUCCAAGGACAUUGCCUGCAAGUGUCCCAAGAUCAAGUCUAUGAAGAAAUACUUGUUACUGGGCCAUGAUGAGAACUCUCCAGAUCAGAAUGGCCUUGUAGCAGACAAAAGCAGCCUUGUGAUACAGUGGAGGGACACAUGGGCCAGGCGCUUGAGGAAGUUCCAGCAACGAGAAAAGAAGGGGAAAUGCAAGAAAGCCUAGAGGGAGGAUCAAAGACAAGGAAAGACUGCACAUCCUUUCAUGUCCGAGUCAGAGCAGAUGAGGUGGGAUUAGGGUCACUGGCAAGAAGCUCACUUGGCAAUUUAUAUGCAACUGGGUGGGGAGGACAAGUGAGGAAUUAAUAAUCUGUGAGUUAUGCCCAUUUUGGCCCUCAUAAAUACAAAACCCACACAAAAACUAGUGAGAAGACUAAUUGUAAAUCCCUACUCACCAUAGUAACAAAUAUUAGAUCAGUUACUACUUCCCGUUCUCCAGUUUGAUUUCCUCCCCCUCACCUUUUUCCUCAAAUCAUUUUGGUCUGAAGGAUGAUGAACUGCCUUCAAUUUACCACAUUAACUAUUUCUCAAGUCCAGAUAUAAGAACCAACCAACUUGUCAUUGAAAAGAACGAUAUUGGACAGAAACUAUCCUAUUAUGUCUUCACUUGCAGGAAAUGGAAACAGAUUGCUGUUGGUAGGGAGAACAGACGAACGGGAUUGUUGGCUAAAAAUUGAUCGUGGGACUAUAACUGUAUAACAGUCUGCUGGAUGGUUCUUCUAUCAUCUGCUACACAACAACUUAGAGGACAUGUGAAAUUGCUUGUGCAAUCUGACAUACUAGCCAUUGUAAAUGAGAGCAGUCACAAAUGUGUGAAAUGUACACUAAAUUCUUAUUGUUCAUAUAAAAAAGGCAACUUACUCCUAAAGAAAGGAAGAUGAGAAUUGUGAAGAAGGAUGCAUUUAUGGAACAGUUGAAUGAUGGAUACCCAAUAAGUAGCAAUGCCUAGAAGAACACUAGUCAACACUCAGCUAAAAGAAGGGUCAAAUUACUAGACCUGGCUUUUUAGAAAAUCCUCUUGCAGUGCUGCAUUUGUGAACACAACUCCACCAAGAGAAAACCAUUUUUAUUUUUCUUUCUAAAUUCAUCAAAACAAUGAAACAAAUGCUAUCUCAAAAUAAUAACUGCUUUAUAAAUAAACGGUAUUCAUCCCAAUUGCAUAAAGCAAAAGUUACAUAGAACAGACCCUGUACUGAUUUUUCUCUUGAGAUAACACUGUAUUAAUAUUUCAGCUCCCAGACCAUGGAAGCAUGCCUUAUGAAAGUGUGCAAUGAAAUUCCAUCUCUCCACAUUAGUGUGUCUCGAUUGUGGUCUUUAAUAUCUCAUGUAAGACUUCAACAGUGCCGCUGUCUCCAUCAAGCAUGUUUCUGAACUGCAGAUUAUCUUAUGAACUGGCUGAAUUUGUCAAGAUUUGCAUCUUACCUACAUGCAUGGAUGAAGAGAAGGGAGGGGUGGGAAUCGAAGUUUUACUACUGCUUAUAAAGAUGAAAAAGAGUCCUAGCUAAUUAAUCCUUUUGUUUUAAAGAGCUCACAAUAUGUAGCUUUAAUUUGUUAUGUGUCAAACUUAGUACUGACUAUAAUUUAGAAUGAGGGAAUCAUUCUACCACAUUUUUUCUACAGAAAUUCUCUGCACUUCCUUAAACAGAAAAGUUGACAGUGGGCUUUCUCUUCCACAUUAAGUUCACAAGAAGUGAGCUUUCUGUUCAUACAAUCUCCACUUCCCCUGCAAGCAAACCAGGAAGGCUGAAGGACGAAUAAGUAUAAAAUGGCCAGAUACCAGGGAAGUAAAUGGUAGGGAGAAUAAGAGAAAUUUGCUUCUGGAAAAGAUGAGAAUACUGGCUUAAUUGCUUUGCACCCUGGCAGGAAUUUCUGGACCCUCCCUUUUUUCCCUAUCAGCUAAAUUUCUGACAGAAAAAUAUAGGUAAUAUUCAACUUGCGACCACAAUUGAGCCCAAAAUUUAUGUUGCUAAGUAAGAAAUUGGUUAAGUGAGUUUUGCCCCAUUUUACGACUUUUCUUGC